AUGGGCGAAGACCAAAAGCCACGAGAUGAGGCGCGCGAGUUGCGCCUGAUCACUUGGUAUCUCGUCGACCGAUUUCGCGAAGCCUUUGCUAGUGGCUUCUGUUGCAGUGUGGUGCGGUCGACUGAGGUCGUGAAUCAUGCGCUCCAGACGCUGACAAUGCGAGCCAUUCGCCUGUUUGACAUUCUCAGCGAAGGCUACGCGGGUGAGCUCAAAUGCAGCGCGAGGUCGCAACUAGAGGCGGAUUUGGGCGCUUUGUCGAAGUAUUUUACGGCAUGGAACAAGUCCAAGCGCGUGGCUUUCAGCGACGACAAGCUGCCUGGACGCGCGGUCGUUUCGGGCGUGGAAGAGUGCAAGAUAAACGAGUUUGUGGCUCGGAAUGUACAGCGAGAGCGCACAACUUUCGCCUACGCGGAUGUGAAUUUCUUCAGUCGACUUGAUCACGCCGACCAAGCGGACGUGAAGAGACUGUUCUCAUUUUACGGCAAAAGUUUCGAUGCUGUCAAAUUUCGCAAUGAACACAGACUUCGAGGGCAGCAGUACGCUCUGGGGGUGUUCGAAGUGAGCCAUGAGGUGUCUGUGAGCGAGCGAGACAAGGCCCCCCGGGGGUACCGUGCCUAUGCAUCGGACGAAUCGUUGGUGGACAUGGAAUUCAUCGAGACCACGGUUUCUCCAUGGACCCUGGCCGAGGGAGCUGGAAUCGCUUUGGACAACAAGAGCAACGAGCUUAGCUUUAGCACUGACGGCUGUGCUGAGAUUGAAGAAAUCGUGUUGCCUCAUGCGAGCUACAAGUGUGAUGUUGUCAUGAAAGUUCGCCACCGAGCUGAGGCACAAAUUUGGGCCCAUCCGCUCACUGCAGCGCUUUCAUUCUGUACCAUGGCUUCUUGGGACCACACGCGGAAGUUUGACGGAAGCGUGGACGUACUGUUUCACAUGACCAUCCCAAGAGAGCUGGUGAAACCUGCGUUUGUCUCGGUCAGCGUGUCAAGCGUCAUGAAUCUGCUACUCGGCAACCCAGUCGUUCGUCUCAAACACGAGGCAAAGUGGAUGGGUGUUUGCCCCAAGUCAAACAAACUUCGCUUGGUGUUGCAGAAUGAGAAAGACUCCGCGCAGACGCUGUUCAUGUUACACCCGGCUGGGAAGCGCUCCUUCCUGCUAUCAACGAUCCCCGUUGGCAACGUGCGGGUGCAGUGGGUGAGCGUUCGUGACGGGAAUCUUGUUGCAGACGGCCAUGGCAAGAGCAAGUUCUCGCUGUAUCGGUCGUCGACAGCUUACAAUGACUGGGUGUUGCAGGAACGGAAAACGUCGAAGCUCGUCGUUAUCACGCGCGACAGCAAGUCGCUCCGCGUGAAGGAAGGGAAGCGCCGUGCUGCGCCUUCAUUCUCCUUUGUGCGACCGAUGUAUGGCGAAACCGAGGACUUCCUGGCUCGCCAUGGGUAG